UUCGGAGACAAGUGCAUAUUUCCAGGGUAUCCGAGCGGAAAUGGAAAAAAUAAGAAACAAAAAGAAAAGAAAGAGCCUAACCCUAACAAACUCUAAUAGGGUUCACUUGUGUGCGUGCGGUGACGUUUUAUCGGAUCCUCGGCUCGUCCAAAGACAGCGACGCGGCGCGCACCUUGAGCACAGAAAAUCUUCCCCCUUUUCUUUUACUUUCUGCGAUUUACAAUAUUUAUUUGUACUUUCCAAAAUUGAAAAUCACUAGAAAAUAUAUACAUAAAAAUAAAAAAAAAACUCUAUUUUCCUCUCUCUCUCUGUUUCUCUCUCAUUUAUCCAUUCUCAGUUCGCCGACAACCGCCAUAUCUCAGCAGUUCGAAAGCUCUGCAAUAACCGCUGCCUUUUUUCAGAGCUUCAUGUUGCAGCUUUAAGUAGCUGUUGAGAUCUACUUCCAAAAUCAAUGUUCGUGCAAGUGGGAAAUUUGUCAUUGAUAACUGUACUGUGGGAAACCUAUUACAGGUUUGAGAGUCUCUGUCACUUAAGAAGUGCAAAGCUGUUGCUUGAGCUACUGUAUUGAAGCUUUUGAUUGCAAGAGAAGUGGGGUAUACAACUUAUAUUACAAGAAGCUUUACAUAAAUACCUUUCUUGGUGUUUCAAAUUUACUUUCAAAUGUCUGAGGUUGAUAUGGCCAUCAUUAAACCUGAGCUGAUGAAGUCUUAUAUUUGGCUUCAAACUGCUGAUGGCUCAAUCCAACAAGUGGAACAGGAGGUUGCUAUGUUUUGUCCCAUGAUAUGUCAUGAAGUGAUACAAAAGAGCAUGGGUUCCUCCAAGAAUAAUGCAAUAUCUCUUCCUCAGCGAGUCAAUCCUGCCAUGUUAAGCCUAAUUCUUGAUUAUUGCCGGUUUCAUCAAGUGUCUGGUCGCUCUAACAAGGAGCGCAAGUCUUUUGACGAAAGGUUUAUCCGAAUGGACACAAAGAGGCUCUGUGAGUUGACAUCUGCUGCUGAUAGCCUUCAGUUAAAGCCUCUAGUUGAUCUUACUAGUCGUGCCCUUGCACGAAUUAUUGAGGGGAAAUCCCCUGAGGAGAUACGUGAGAUAUUUCAUUUACCUGAUGAUCUUACUGAGGAAGAAAAGUUGGAGCCUCUAAAAAACACAACUGAUGACCCACGCAUUCGAUUGUUGAAUAGAUUGUAUGCAAAAAAGAGGAAGGAACUAAAAGAGAGGGAGAAACUGAAGAAUGUUGAGGUUGAAGAGGAGCGUGUCGAUGACCGUUCAGUUGACGACCUCUUGUCAUUUAUUAAUGGAGACAGCAGAGAUUCUAAAGGAAUUAAAACUUCAAAGAGUAAAAAGAAGAACCGAAGAAGGAAAGAUCAGCAGAAGAGCACAUCUGGCAGUGAAGCAACGAAAAACCAUAAUAAAGAGCCAAAUGGUCUUAACUCUGUAUGCCGUAGUGCCGAAGUUGGUCAGAAAAUUCAGCCCAGUUUUGGUGCUACCUCAAACUUACAGGAUGCUGAAGAUGAUAUAUUUGCCAAUAAGAAUGAGUUUGAUGACGCUGAUAUUGAUGAUGAGAUUGAUCCGGCAUUGAAGGAAAAACUAGACAGGGAGGUUGAAGAUUUUCGCCGUAUAUUGAAUUCAAAUUGGCCAGAAAGAAUGCAAGAAAUUCUUUCUUUUGGUCAAGAAAGAAAACCGGCCCAUUUUUCCCUAAAUGGUAAUGGUUCGGUAAGGAGAUAUAUGAAUCCGGAGCACAGAUGAUUUUGCAAUGAGGAUACUUCCUCAGCUCGCCUCACAGCCUGGACAAUUUUGAUGAGAUGCUUUUCAGGUGGCUAAAAGAUUGCACCUAGAAGGGUUGGGAUCCUGGCAUUGUGGAUCCCUUGUAAGUUUUUAACUUCUUUUUUUUUUUAAAUUAUUUCUUUCUUUGUUGUGCUUAGUCAGGAUGCAAUUUUGAUUGCGAGGGCAACCUCUUUGUAUUUUCAUGAUAGAAGAAAUAAGAAGGAACUGUGUUUUGGUGAGCCAGUUCUGGUCAAUUACUCUUUCUCGCAAAGCUACGAUGGAAAAAGAAAAAACAAAAACCGAGAGAAAGUAGGUCGUCUUAUUUGUGGUCGUUAAUUAAAAUUUUACGACUCCGACGAUGUUUUAGGCAAUUAUGGGCUUAGGUUAGAAUGCCCAUUCAUACUGUUUUCAGUUGUCUGAAUAAAUGCUGGUGGGCUUUUCAACAUCAUGCGAAGGUCUUCUGUUCAACUAGCAUCUAAUCACGAAUGCUUAAUGAAGAAACGACCAUUUUUUUGGGAAUUGAUUAUUGGCUAUGAGUUUGGCUGGAUGUUGUUGGCCUGUAGUGUAAUGGAGAUAUCUGCUAUCCAUGUUAUAACUUAGAAGUCAUAUGUCAGUAUCGGGUUGGAAUUUGUGGGACUCUAACUAGUGUUACAUUUUUUUAAAAAUUUUUUCAGUACUGUUUACAACUAACCCCUUUAAAUUUUUCAUGACCCCAUUUGUCAUAAAAAUUGGUACUAAAUAUGGUAGAAGCUGCACAACCUUGUGAAUGUAGUAGAUUCCAAAUAGCCUGUCGGCAUGUGUGGGUAAAGCAUAAAAAGGACUUUGGCAAUAUGGUCCUGAAGAUCCUGAAGAUCAAUGAUGCUCCUCCACUCAUCUUGAGUAAGAAAAAUUCGAGAGUGCAAGCUGGCAAGCAUCUUUGGUUGUGACAAAUUCUGUUGUCUAACCGAACAGUACAGUGAUGAGAAAAAGUUUGGAUGCCUAGUUACUUCGGCUAGGCUUUGCUCUGACAGAAAAUUUUCUGUUGGAUUGGACCUAACAUCAUGUGGAAAUUAUAACCAAGCAAAGACGGGCCGGAUUCGAUGUCGUCAACAUUGAGUUUUGGUUUUCGAUUGUCCUUUUAUUUCUUUUGUGCAUUUAGUUUCUUUUAUUUAUUUUAUAUCCUAGCUAUUUAAUUUACCCAAUAAAGAUAUUAUGUCUUAAUCCUUUUAAACUUAUAAUCUCUAUUCCCUGAGAUUAGCUUUGUAAUGAUCUCGGCGGCAAUGCGUCUAAUUAGAGUUCUAUUUUGGAUAUUUUGUGUGAUAAGCUUUGUACUUUUUGCAACUUGGCAACGCUUAUCGAGUAUAAGUUCAACGUUAUCUUCGACGAGAGUAAAGCCUAGCUGAUGUUUUCCCGUACUGAGGGGGACCACACAUGUGCCAUUUCUCACACGUGUGAUUCCACCAUGAAAGAUAGUGCAUGUAUGAAUAGCCCUACCAUGUCUGUUGUCCAUGUGAGGGCCCCUCCUUUGCAUCUUCAUUGCCGUCCGUCCAAAGAAACUGUGCUACUCCCAAAUGAGGUUAGGUCCAUCCCUACAAACACGUGUUUUCUUGAUACUGGUUGUAAAUGGUUUCAACCAAUAAUUAGCUGAAAUGUACCAAGAAAUCAGUGAGGUUGAUAUUACCUGAUCCCAUCUAAAAAAUUAUUUAUAUUGCCGUCUUAUCUGUACGGUCUAUACGGAAACUUUUAACCAAAUUUACACUGGCCGGGUAACGUUUGAACUUGGAUUAGAUAUUAUCCCACGCGCUUUUGCUUUUUCAACUUCUAUCACCGUUAAAAA